CCUGGGCAACAGAGCAAAACUCCGUCUCAAAAAAAAAAAAAAUUAGUAAGAAUGGCAGCAUCGUUUUACAUUUGUGCAAAUCUCUUUAGCAUCUGGCUUAAUAGAAGGCAGCUGGACUUGUGUCUCCUUCAGCAUUCAACCCGAUGUCAUAUCACAUGUCACGGAGCGUCUGGAAAACAUGAAUGAGUGUGAAAAAGGCAUAUCAUGUCUUAGUGUUAUUAUAAGCCUAGUUCUAAGCUCUCAAGCCCUCUAAAAGAAGGCCCCGGGCCCCACUUUGAGAGCUGUCACAGCAGAGCAGGGGCUCCUUGAGACGAGGGCACCUUGUCUCAGUCAGCUCCAAGAGCCCAGUGCCCAGCCAAACCCCGGCACAGCAGCCUCUCUCUCAAUGAUGACAGCGAAAGAGCGGCUUCGGAGGAGCAGACCCAGGGGCAUGGCUCGCCCAGCCAAUCAUCCUCAAAGCUCAGCGCAGGGCCACUGUGUCCAUGAAGCUGCCCCUGUGGCGAGGCUCUUCACAUACUGUGUGACAGGGGAUCCUGUCUUGAUCCAGCCAGAAUGAGAAGUACUUUGUGGUCAGGAACUGUCUGAUCCUCUCCAAGAGCACCUGUCCCUACAGCUCCCAAAAAGUCUCUUCCCUAAAGACCAAGUACCAUUAGACUUCCAAGGUUCCAGGAAACAGCUUGACCUCCUAGACAAAAGCAAACUAAGGCCCUCCAGUAACAAAUGGAGAAAAACGUGUGGGUGGAGGCAUCUCCUUUACUGAGUGCAAGGAGGGCAGCCUGCCCUCUUUGCUUCCAUCCCCAAGGGGUUCCUCACUCUGCCCCCGUGUCACUCUGAUCCCUCUGCUACCCCAGCAUGCCUCAGCCCCAAUGUGGGGUGAAAGAGGUACAUCAUAGAAAACGUGAACCUAAGCUCUAUCCAGUCCUAGGCUCAACUCUCAUCUCUGUAUCUUACCAGCUGUGUGACCUUGGGAAAGUGAUGUAACCUCUCAGAGCCCAGCACCAGCAUUUGUAAAAUGGUGACACUACCUUAUAGUUAUGAAAGGAGAGAAACUGCAUGUAGCCCUCUUGCCCAGACAUUCUACAAAUAGUAGCCAGAAAUAUGAGGCUCUCUCCCCACUUCCCUCCCUGCCAAACUCUCGGCCCAAGCAUGGCUAACACAAAACAGAUUACCAAUCCCUUUCCUUUCUCCCUGAGGACAGCAGGGCUAGGCUGGGAUUUUCCAAGAGGACUUCGCCCAUGGAGAAAGAGGCGUGCAGUAAUCUUGUUUGCAGUGUGUGGGUUUCCUACCAUGCAACAGCCCCGAUGGCUAGACUCCACACCCCAACCCUCCCUAAGACCUGGGCACCUUCUCCCCCUUCCCUGUCCUUUCUCCUGUGGGUUUAGGGGUCCCAAGAAUGAGCAGUCAGUCCCUGGCUCACGCCAUGUCCUUCUCUCCUUUUCCUGGUCACACCCACUGGUGAUCUACCAGGGCCCUUCCAAAGACCCGACCUGGCCAGUGCCCCUGUAACCCUGGUGGUGAGGAAAGGUGGGCAGCUGGCUUUGUCCACCCCCUCCACCCUGCUGCUUUCUCAGACCACCCAAGGUUCCCUUCUGCCUGCAACUUCUCUUCCAGCGACCCCCCAAGUGCUCACUUAGUGCCUUGGGUGCUGGGGAUGGAGAGCUCCCCUCGUCACACCCCCGCACAGAGCACCUAGUUUCCUCUGCUGGGUGUUCUCAGCCACCGCCUGUGCCUUUAAGAACGGCCACCCUGUGCCAGGGACUUGGCCUCGGCAUCCUCAGCUGAGUGGGAUUAAGGGACCAUUUCGUGCCUUUGUGAAUUCUUCCUGGCUGCCAUCCCUUCCCUCACACAGAGACAGAGUAGCCCAUAGGCCAAACCACUCUACCAAGGACAGCCCAAGAGCUGGUCUAGCCUGGCAACCUUUUCCCUUGGGUAGUAGAGGCUGCCCCUUUGAUAGGGAGUUUGUGGUCAGAGAGUGGGCCCUUGGGGGUCUUGGGCUGUCACAGGGACUCCAGAAAGCCAUGCAGAGCCUUGGGCCAUGAAGGACUACUCAGAUGUCAUCCUCUGCGUGGAGGCAACAGAAUCGAGCAAGACCGAGUUCUGCAAUCCUGCCUUCGAGCCUGAGUCUGGGCCAUCCUGCCCUCCCCCAGCUUUCCCAGAGGAUGCCAGCUAUAGUGUCCCAGCUCCCUGGCACGGUCGGCGUCCUCGAGGGCUGCGGCCAGACUGCCGUUUCUCCUGGCUCUGUGUCCUCCUGCUCGCCAGCCUGCUGCUCCUGCUGCUCGGGCUGCUGGUGGCCAUCAUCCUGGCCCAGCUGCAGGCUGCAGCCCCACCUGGGGCCUCCCAUAGCCCACUGCCUGCCGGAGGCCUUACCACCACCACCACCACCCCCCCCACCAUCACCACCUCUCAGGCAGCUGGGACCCCUAAAGGGCAGCAGGAGUCAGGUGUGAGCCCCUCCCCACAGGCCACCUGUGGAGGCCUCCUCUCUGGCCCAAGGGGCUUCUUCAGCAGUCCCAACUACCCAGACCCUUACCCCCCCAACACCCACUGCAUGUGGCGCAUCCAGGUGGCCACAGACCAUGCAAUACAGCUCAAAAUCGAAGCCCUCAGCAUAGAGAGUGUGGCCUCUUGCCUUUUUGAUCGCUUGGAAAUCUCCCCUGAGCCUGAAGGCUCCCUCCUCAGGAUUUGUGGGAGGGUGCCUCCCCCCACGCUCAACACCAAUGCCAGCCACCUCCUGGUGGCCUUCGUCUCUGACAGCAGUGUGGAAGGAUUUGGUUUCCAUGCCUGGUACCAGGCUGUGGCCCCUGGGCAUGGGAGCUGUGCCCAUGAUGAGUUCCGCUGUGACCAGCUCAUCUGUCUGCUACCUGACUCAGUGUGUGAUGGCUUUGCCAACUGCGCUGACGGCAGCGAUGAGACCAACUGCAGUGCCAAGUUCUCGGGGUGUGGGGGGAAUCUGACUGGGCUCCAGGGCACUUUCUCUACUCCCAACUACCUGCAGCAGUACCCUCACCAACAGCUCUGCACCUGGCAUAUCUCGGUGCCGGCUGGACACAGCAUAGAACUGCAGUUCCACAACUUCAGCCUGGAGGCUCAGGAUGAGUGCAAGUUUGACUACGUGGAGGUGUAUGAGACCAGCAGCUCAGGGGCCUUCAGCCUCCUGGGCAGGUUCUGUGGAGCAGAGCCACCCCCCAACCUCGUCUCCUCACACCAUGAGCUGGCUGUGCUUUUUAGGACAGAUCAUGGCAUCAGCAGUGGAGGCUUCUCAGCCACCUACCUGGCCUUCAAUGCCACGGAGAACCCCUGUGGGCCCAGUGAGCUCUCCUGCCAGGCAGGAGGGUGUAAGGGUGUGCAGUGGAUGUGUGACAUGUGGAGAGACUGCACCGAUGGCAGCGAUGACAACUGCAGCCGCCCCUUGUUCCCACCCCCAGAGCUGGCCUGUGAGCCUGUCCAGGUGGAGAUGUGCCUCGGUCUGAGCUACAACACCACGGCCUUCCCUAACAUCUGGGUGGGCAUGGCCACUCAGGAGGAGGUGGUAGAAGUCCUCAGCGGUUACAAGAGCCUGACAAGCCUGCCCUGCUACCAGAAUUUCCGGAGGCUCCUGUGUGGGCUGCUUGUGCCCCGUUGCACCCCACUAGGCAGUGUUCUGCCCCCUUGCCGCUCUGUCUGCCAGGAAGCAGAGCACCAGUGCCAGUCUGGCCUGGCACUACUGGGCACCCCCUGGCCCUUCAACUGCAACAGACUGCCAGAGGCAGCUGGUCUGGAAGCUUGCUCCCAGCCCUGACCCUGAAGCCAGCCCCUGCCCUCUUUCUGCCCAUCCUCUUUUGCCCAUCAGGACUGGCACACAGGGGAAAAAGGAAGGGGCACCAGCAGG